AUGGCCCGAGAGCCGGAGGAAGAGGAGGCGGCAGGGGCGGCCGCCCUGGCCCGCGGGGGUCGCGGCUCACUCGGACGGGUCGGGGCGCGGCGGCCGCCCCUCUGGCUGCUCUGCCUGGCCGUGGGCUGGCUGCUGGGGGCCGGAGCCGACGCCGAAUUCUCUAUCCUGGACGAGGCGCAAGUGCUGGCGAGCCAGAUGCGGAGGCUGGCGGCGGAAGAGCUGGGGGUCGUCACCAUGCAGCGGAUAUUCAACUCCUUUGUUUACACUGAGAAAAUUUCAAAUGGAGAAAGUGAAGUGCAGCAGCUAGCCAAAAAAAUCCGAGAGAAGUUCAACCGUUACUUGGAUGUGGUCAACCGGAAUAAGCAAGUUGUAGAAGCAUCCUACACAGCUCACCUGACCUCUCCCCUAACUGCAAUUCAAGACUGCUGUACUAUCCCACCUUCCAUGAUGGAAUUUGAUGGGAACUUUAAUACCAAUGUAUCUAGAACAAUUAGUUGUGAUCGACUAUCUACUACUGUUAAUAGCCGGGCCUUCAAUCCAGGACGAGACUUAAAUUCAGUUCUUGCAGACAACCUGAAAUCCAACCCUGGAAUUAAGUGGCAGUAUUUCAGUUCGGAAGAAGGAAUUUUCACUGUUUUCCCAGCACACAAGUUCCGGUGUAAGGGCAGCUAUGAGCAUCGCAGUAGACCGAUCUACGUCUCUACCGUCCGGCCGCAGUCAAAGCACGUAGUAGUGAUCCUGGACCACGGGGCCUCGGUCACAGACACGCAGCUUCAGAUCGCCAAGGAUGCUGCUCAAGUCAUCCUCAGUGCCAUUGAUGAACACGACAAGAUUUCCGUAUUGACGGUGGCAGACACCGUCAGGACUUGCUCCCUUGACCAGUGCUAUAAGACGUUCCUGUCUCCGGCCACCAGUGAGACGAAAAGGAAGAUGUCCACCUUCGUCAGCAACGUCAAGUCCUUGGACAGCCCUACCCAGCACGCAGUGGGAUUUCAAAAGGCAUUUCAGCUGAUUCGAAGCACAAACAAUAGCACCAAAUUCCAAGCAAAUACAGACAUGGUCAUCAUUUACCUGUCCGCUGGCAUUACAUCAAAGGACUCUUCAGAAGAAGAUAAAAAGGCGACUCUCCGUGUCAUCAAUGAAGAAAAUAGCUUUCUAAACAACUCUGUAAUGAUUCUCACCUACGCCCUCAUGAACGAUGGGGUGACUGGCUUGAAAGAGCUGGCUUUUCUGAGAGAUCUGGCCGAACAGAACUCAGGAAAGUAUGGCGUGCUGGACCGGAUAGCCUUGCCUGUGAUUAAGGGCAGCAUGAUGGUGCUCAACCAGCUGAGUAACCUGGAGACCACAGUUGGCAGGUUCUAUACCAACCUUCCCAACCGGAUGAUUGAUGAAGCUGUCUUUAGCCUCCCCUUCUCUGAUGAGAUGGGAGAUGGUUUGAUAAUGACUGUAAGUAAACCCUGUUAUUUUGGAAACCUCCUCCUGGGAAUUGUAGGUGUGGAUGUGAACCUGGCUUACAUCCUUGAAGACGUGACGUAUUACCAAGACUCCUUGGCGUCCUAUACUUUCCUCAUAGAUGACAAAGGGUAUACCCUUAUGCAUCCAUCUCUUACCAGGCCAUAUUUACUCUCAGAACCCCCACUUCACACCGACAUUAUUCAUUAUGAAAAUAUCCCCAAAUUUGAGUUGGUUCGGCAGAAUAUCUUAAGCCUCCCUCUGGGCAGCCAGAUUAUCGCAGUCCCUGUGAACUCAUCUCUGUCCUGGCACAUAAAUAAGCUGAGAGAAACUGGAAAGGAGGCCUACAAUGUUAGCUAUGCCUGGAAGAUGGUCCAAGAUACUUCCUUCAUUCUCUGUAUUGUGGUGAUACAACCAGAAAUACCUGUCAAACAACUGAAGAACCUCAAUACUGUUCCCAGCAGCAAGCUGCUGUACCACCGGUUGGACCUCCUGGGCCAGCCUAGUGCUUGCCUCCACUUCAAACAGCUGGCCACCCUGGAAAGUCCAACCGUCAUGCUGUCUGCUGGCAGCUUUUCCUCCCCGUAUGAGCACCUCAGCCAGCCAGAGACAAAGCGCAUGGUGGAACACUACACAGCCUAUCUCAGUGACAACACCCGCCUCAUUGCCAACCCGGGGCUCAAAUUCUCUGUCAGAAAUGAAGUAAUGGCUACCAGCCACGUCACAGAUGAAUGGAUGACACAAAUGGAAAUGAGUAGCCUGAACACUUACAUUGUCCGCCGUUACAUAGCAACACCCAAUGGCGUCCUCAGAAUUUAUCCUGGCUCCCUCAUGGACAAAGCAUUUGAUCCCACUAGGAGACAAUGGUAUCUCCAUGCAGUAGCUAAUCCAGGUUUGAUCUCCUUGACUGGCCCUUACUUAGAUGUUGGAGGAGCUGGCUAUGUAGUGACUAUCAGUCAUACAAUUCACUCAUCCAGUACGCAGCUGUCUUCCGGGCAUACUGUGGCUGUGAUGGGCAUUGAUUUCACACUUAGAUACUUCUACAAGGUUCUGAUGGACUUGUUGCCAGUUUGUAACCAAGAUGGUGGCAAUAAAAUAAGGUGCUUCAUUAUGGAGGACAGGGGAUAUCUGGUGGCACAUCCAACCCUCAUCGACCCCAAAGGACAUGCACCCGUGGAGCAACAGCACAUCACCCACAAGGAGCCCCUGGUAGCGAAUGACAUCCUGAACCACCCCAACUUUGUCAAGAAGAACCUAUGCAACAGCUUCAGUGACAGAACGGUCCAGAGGUUUUAUAAAUUCAACACGAGCCUCGUGGGGGAUUUGACGAACCUUGUGCAUGGCAGUCACUGUUCUAAAUACAGACUGGCGAGGAUCCCAGGAACCAAUGCAUUUGUGGGCAUUGUCAACGAAACAUGCGACUCUCUUGCCUUCUGUGCUUGUAGCAUGGUAGACCGGCUCUGUCUCAACUGUCACCGAAUGGAACAAAAUGAAUGUGAAUGUCCUUGUGAGUGCCCUCUAGAGGUCAAUGAGUGUACUGGCAACCUCACCAAUGCAGAGAACAGAAACCCAAGCUGUGAGGUACACCAGGAGCCAGUGACGUACACAGCUAUUGACCCUGGCCUGCAGGAUGCUCUUCACCAGUGUGUAAACAGCAGGUGCAGUCAGAGGAUGGAGAGUGGGGACUGCUUUGGUGUGCUGGAUUGUGAAUGGUGCAUGGUGGACAGCGAUGGGAAGACCCACCUGGACAAAUCCUACUGUGCACCCCAGAAAGAAUGCUUUGGGGGGAUCGUUGGAGCCAAAAGUCCCUAUGUUGAUGACAUGGGAGCAAUAGGUGAUGAGGUGGUCACAUUGAACAUGAUCAAAAGUGCCCCUGUGGGCCCAGUGGCUGGAGGCAUUAUGGGCUGCAUCAUGGUCCUGGUCCUGGCUGUGUACGCAUACCGCCAUCAGAUUCAUCGCCGGAGUCAUCAGCAUAUGUCUCCUCUUGCUGCCCAAGAAAUGUCCGUGCGUAUGUCCAACCUGGAGAACGAUAGAGAUGAGAGGGACGACGACAGCCACGAUGACAGAGGCAUCAUCAGCAAUACUCGAUUUAUAGCCGCAGUCAUCGAACGUCAUGCACACAGUCCAGAAAGGAGGCGUCGCUACUGGGGUCGCUCAGGAACAGAAAGUGAUCACGGUUACAGCACCAUGAGCCCACAGGAAGACAGCGAAAACCCUCCGUGCACCAGUGACCCCUUGUCGGCCGGGGUGGACGUGGGAAACCACGAUGAGGAUUUGGAGCUGGACACGCCACCCCAGACCGCCGCGCUCCUGAGUCAUAAGUUCCACCACUACCGCCUGCAUCACCCGACGCUGCAUCACAGCCACCAUCUGCAGGCGGCCGUGACCGUGCACACUGUGGACGCGGAGUGCUAA